UUGGACGUGCGAACCGAAAAAUAAUUGCAUUCAGCACUAUCGUGUGUAGUACAGACUGAUAGACCAACGCCAACCUACAAGCUCCCAUUCCAUAUCACGGCUCAAUCAGGAAGGAUGAAGGCUUCCAAACAGAGCUUCACAGGUCCAUCCUCUCCCCGCGCCAAAGAUAGUCCAACUCCAACGCAGAUGGAGAAGACGGUGGUUCUGUACCCCGGCCUCACCGUGAGCCACUUCGUCCCCAUGAUGCGGCUCGCCGGCUCCCUCCUCGAGCACGGCUACGCCGUCUCCGUCGCAAUGAUCAUCGACCCCGCCGUCAUGGGGGACACAGCGUUCGCGGCAGCCAUCGGCCGCGCCGCCGCCGCCAUGCCGUCCGUCCGCUUCCACACUUUCCCGCCUGUGGAGGACCCGCCCAGGCUAGCCCCCGGCCCGCAGUUCCUCGCGAGCUACUUCCACCUCGUGCGCCGCUACAACGACCGCCUCCACGACUUCCUCUGCUCCUCCACGCGCGUCCACGCCGUGGUCGUGGACUCGAUGUCAGUGUCAGCUGAUGCGCUGGAGGUCACCAAGAGGCUCGGGAUCCCAGGCUACGUCAUGUUCACCUCCGGCGCCGCCGCCCUCGCGGCCUUCGCCCAGCUUCCUUAUGUCCUCGGGGAGGGCGGCCGAAAAAGCUUCAAGGAGCUGGGCGACGCCCCUGUCGAGUUCCUUGGCCUUCCGCCGGUUCCGGCUUCGCACCUGUUCGCCGAGGUGCUCGAGGACCCGGAGGGCGACACGUACAAGACGGCGAUGGCCGGGCUGUCCCGGAUCCCGGACACCGAUGGCUUCCUGGUGAACACGGUCGAGUCGUUGGAGGCUCGCGCGGUGGACGCUCUCAGGGACCCUCGGUGCCUCCCCGCUGGCCGGGUCAUGCCCCCGGUGUACUGCGUCGGACUCGGGCCAUUCCUCGGCGGCAUCGAGAGCGAGGCGGACGAGCGGCACGAGUGUCUCGCCUGGCUAGACGCGCAGCCGGACCGCAGCGUGGUGUUCCUCUGCUUCGGGAGCACAGGCGCAGCGAACCACUCUGCGGAGCAGCUCAAGGAGAUCGCCACCGGCCUGGAGAAGUCCGGCCACCGGUUCCUGUGGGUCGUGCGAGCGCCCCACGGCGGCGACCCGGACCUCGAUGCGCUCCUCCCGGACGGGUUCCUGGAGCGCACCGGCAGCCGCGGCCGCGUCGUCAAGCAGUGGGCGCCGCAGGCCGAGGUGCUCCGCCACGGGGCCACCGGCGCGUUCGUGACGCACUGCGGGUGGAACUCGGUGCUGGAGGGCGUGGCGGCGGGCGUGCCGAUGCUGUGCUGGCCGCUCCACGCGGAGCAGAAAAUGAACAAGCUGCUGAUGGUGGGGGAGAUGGGGCUCGCAGCGGAGAUGGUCGGGUGGCAGCGUGGGCUGGUGGAGGCCGCCGAGGUGGAGCGCAAGGUGAGGCUGGUCAUGGAGUCCGAGGAGGGCAGGCAGCUCAGGGCGCGCGCGGAGCAGCACCAGGAGGGCGCGGCCGCGGCCUGGAGCGACGGCGGGUCGUCGCGCGCGGCGCUGGCUUUGUUCUUGUCGGACGUGGACCGCCGGUGGCAGGCUCGGGCUCGCGGCGGGGAAGCUGCGUGAACUUGGCCUACGACACGUGAUUUUUUUUUUCAAGUUGGAAUGCGUGGUCAGCAAUGUCACCAGACAUGUUUGACAGCGGCCAUUUCCGAAAUAAAAGAAAGGGUGUGUCUAGAACUCGGUCGACUGAGACUUAACGAAGUCUCGGUCGAGUGACGUCAUGAUGUUUUUUUAAUACAAGCGACACGGCUGGAUGCUA